AUGGAUGAACUUGUUGCUGAUCUCAGUAGCGCUUUAGUUCGCACGAAUGACCCACCAUCGGCUCAUUCCGACACAACGAUUGGCACCAGAGAAUCCCCUUCGGGAACUCCGAUACGCAAGACAUCAAGAAAACGUAGAGGAAAAAAGCGACGAUCGGACUAUCCUCCCUCGCGAGAAAUUCGCAAUAUUAGUGCAGAAAGCAAUGAUUCAGUGGAAGAGGCCUUAAUGGAUUACAUCGAAAAUAUUAAGUGUCAAAGUGAUUCUGAUCCGGAGGAUGAAAUGUCUUUUACAAAACGUUUGUUGAAAGUGCAAUUACAUGGGCGUGAUAAUUUAGAUCCCUAUCCUGUCCCAGACAGGGAGAAGGCAGAAAGUGAUUCUGUUAGCGAGCCUUUAGUUGGAUUAACGAAACGCAGAAAAAAACGAAAGCGGAAGCAUAAGCGGGUGUCCUCGUCACAAUCGUUAAAUGAUCGCGAUUCCUCGCUUGCCAUGGUGAACUUAAAAGCACUGAGUCGAACGAGAAAACGCAAGGUAUGUGGAAAGUCUGCCAUCGGCAGUGAGAUUCAUAACAGCCUUAGACGCAGAGAUGAAGAGGGAAGUUUGGCCGAUAUCGAAAAUGGUUUGAGUAGUGGAUGUGGAGAACCCAUGGAGACCAACACUUCUUCGAAUCAUUUCUAUAAGCUGCCAUCUAGACUGCAACGUGUUUCUACUUCAAAGACUUACAGCAUACCCAAGGAACGUAAUGCACCACUUUCAUCUACUUGGUUACGCUACGAAGACCGCGAAGAAAAAAUGUCAAUAGAUCUUUUAAGAGCUGAUCUAUCUUCCUCGGGGGAAAGCGAUCUGGAGGGAUUAUUUACAAAUGACGAGGGCUGUAUGGGCGAUGAUGAAAAGGAAGAAAGCUCAUUUGAGUGCGAUGUUAAAAUAAGUCCAUGGUGGGACGAGAAAACUGCAAGUGAUGUAGAAGAAGAGAAAUUCCAGAACAUUGUAAAUGGAGUUAUGGAUGGAUACAGAAGGCCAUUUGUUUCUGGUGUUGAAGGAAAGGAUAGUUCAGGUAGUAUACAUGUAGUCUUGAUUUUUGUUAAAGUGUCGAUCAAAAGUCUUUUAACAGUCAUCUUAGCUUUGGUUAUUUAUGCACUUAUCAGCAGCCAUCCCAGGGGUGACCGCGGGGAACUCCUGGGCAUUUGCAGAACAACGUUUACAAAUCCCUCCCCCACCUAAGAACAAUAUUUCUCCACAAAAUCUACCAUUGUCCCCUCCCCCCAGGGAUACACUGGUGGCCAGUUCCAAGUUGCUAAAGAUUGGCAUAGAAAGAAUCAUAGAUAUUCUUGUGAAAGGUCCUUUUGCUUUGUUAGCAAAGGAUGGCUGACAAAAAGGGAGGUUUGUAAGAAAAAAGGAAAACUGACCCACCUUUCUCUCAGUUGCCAUUUUGGAACGUGUACUGCAGUUCAUACCCAGUCUUCGCAGAGAAAACACCAGCUCCUUUUCAAAAUGGCAGUGGCUUAGUCGGUGUUACAAAUCCUACGGGUCUUUCCUGCUUAAAAUAAGUUGAAAAUCAAUCCUGUCCCUCAAUCCCAGGCUAAAAAUCGCCAACAAAACUCAACAAAUCCUGUGCAAUGCCUGUGUAUGUUCCCAAGGUCACCCCCGCGAUGGUCACUGAUAAGUGCGUUAUAAAUUUGAGGAUCCAUGUUCCCAACAAGGGAGAGGUGAUGACUCAGGGUUGUCACUAAGAUUUCAAGUUGCCAGGUAAAUACAAUGCAUAGGCGGAGAAUCAAACAGCUUGGGGUUUCUUUUUAGCUGGGGCCCUCAUUCAUAUUAGCCGGUGAAAAUCCCCGGCCCCGCCUCUUAAUCACAGCCCUGUGAUGACUCCCCUCAAAGUUAUCCAAGCCAUGAAUAUCUCUGCCUCAUAAUCAACUGCUGAAAAGAAGGAAACAAAACAUUUUUGUGGUACCUUUGUAUACUAGCUAGGAAAGCCAGUGCCAGCCAACGUUCAUAUGUUGUUCUCUCUGGCCUCCUUCCCAGUCUCAACUGGCAUCAAACACAGUGUAAGGAUCAGCCGUUAUUAAACAUCUGUGCACUCAUCAACAGCUCCCAACAACAAGCUUAACAACAAGCUGUAGAUGAUAAAAGUGGCUGUCAAAAAUUGAUAGUUCCAUCCAACAGUUUACAUGAAAAAGCCAAAAAAAAAUACAGACAUGAUGUCCUUACCUUUGUAGGAGAGUGCUUGAGUGCAAAAAACUCUUGCACAGAAAGUGUAAUUCAAAUACAUGUAUUAAAAGAAGAUUACUAAAUGCUGUACAAACUUGAUGUUAUGCUACAGGUCUCCAAGGAAGGCUAAAGAAAAACCAACUUGCACAUGGUCAGGUAAGGGAUUACAAGACAAGUAGAAACAGAAUUGAGUAAGAAUUGCAAGGGCUGAGAUCCUGAUUCUACUCUCGUGAGCUAUGGGGUUACUGCAGCAUGUUUGAUUUUUUUUUAGACUGUCAAGAAUUUUCUAAGGUGGGGUAGAGGCCAUUUUAGUUUAGUUUCUUCUCUGUGACAAUAACUAAUGGGUAAUUACUUUUUAAAAUAUUAUGAUUCUGUUUUGCAGUUUAUCACAGUGGGUGAUAUCAACAGAAACAUCGCAGUGUUUCUACAGAAUGAAAAAUGGACAGAGUGAGUUGUUCAGCAAUAGCAAUAUUAUCAUCAUCAUUAUCAUCAUCAUCAUCAUUAUCAUUAUCAUCAAAAAUGUUAAUACAUUUUUUCAACUGAUCUUUACACUUUUUUGUUCAUCUCAAAGUAAAUGCUUGACCUUUAAGCUUUUCACCAAACAACAUGCUUCAAUUAUUUUCCUUUCUCUUGCAGGCUUUCUAUAUACCCAUCCAACAAAAUGGAAGCAGCACAGGUAUCAAAAAAACUCCGAUCCUUUCUGUUUCUUUCUUUCAUUUGACACACAGGCAUACCCACAUUAUAUUCUUUGUUAAUGCACAGGUGUACCAAUGGGCAUCUUUAUACUCCCUUCAAUGUCUGACAGACCCCGCCCACAGAGGAAGAGUUUUACUUCGCAAGACAAGGUAAAAACUAAUUUGUAGCAUUUUGCAAAAUAAUUACAUUUACUGAAUGUAUAAAACAACAAGGAUCAAAGGACAGAAACCAUUCUAAUAUUAAAUAGUUUUAUGCCACUGAAAGGUUUGGGAAACUACAUGUACACAUAGAAAUUCUUGACACUGUCAUAAUCAUGUAGAUUAUUAUUUGUUAUCUUUUUUAGUCACUUGUCCCCUCCAAGACCCCACAGUCGCCCAGGAGCAGAAUCCAAACGACGUAGAAAGAUGCCACCUCCUCAGUUUGAUAUAUCACAUAGUAAGUAGUGUUGUAACUUCACCUUUUAUAGAAGGCGCAGAGUCCAAAACCCUCAGUCUUUUUGUCUUUCAGUUGCCUUAACUUUAAAGAUUGUGUUCAAUUAUUUUUUUGGUAACGUAUUCUAGGUUAUUCUGCACUGCACAUUUCUGUGGUAUUGUUUGAUAUCCUGUAAGUCUUAACUGUCAGGUUUAUGCAUAAUACUAAAAAAAAAAACAUUCAACUGAGUGCUACAGUAUAAAAACACUGUCUUAAGUACCGCUUAUUACAGUGCAAACAGUUGUUCUAAGAAUCAAAUGAAAGCAUCUAAGCAGUACUUUCCUGUGGUUCCAUUUUGUUAUGAGACUUGAUUGUGAAGACCAUUCAUAUGAAAGCUCCUCCUUGUGUCAAGUAUGAUUAAGUCAGGGUGUGUCUCAAAAACUAAGUUUAAGUUAACAAGUGAUGAUGAUGAUGAAAUCAUGUUGGUUUGCUGUUAACAAACAAUAAUACUAUUCAUAGUUGUAUUAAGCAAAUUACUGACCUAAGUUCCUUUUUUAACAGCGUCAGUAGGCGGAGAAGCUGACCCUAUACCACCUUCAAACAUUGGCAAUCAAAUGCUAAGAGUCAUGGGCUGGACUCCUGGAACAGGACUAGGAUCUGAGAGAAAUGGGAUCAAAGAUCCUGUGCGCGCUUAUUUGAGGCCAAAAGGACUGGGACUUGGUCAUCCAUGGCCAUCAUGAGAAUAUAAUUUUAAAAUGUUUAGUUCCAGAUAAUUAACAAGAACUCAGGCAGUCACAACAGAUUGUGGGCAAAAUAACAAAUACAGUAAAACCCCAUGUAUAAAAACCCUAGAUUUUUCCAACUUAGCCUAAAUAGGUUCUUAUAGAAAUGGUAUUUAGUGGGAUUUUAGGCUACGUAGGUUCUUAAAUAGGUUCUUAAUUUAAUAGAGGCACCAGCUAUCAGCACAGACUACAACUGAGCAUAUGAGAGAGACACAUGGAUCUGUAUUCUUAAUAAUUGCAUUGUGUAAUCCAGUGUUGGCAAAGACAUUAUAUGGUUUUCAUUUUAGUUCAUUCUUUGAAUCUUAUUGACUGAAACCUAGACUAAAAUUUUUUCCUAUAUUUUCAUAUUAUUUGCCUUCAUUUUUGGAAAAUAAGAGCCUAUUGAAAAUUUUAGGCUAAAUAGAUUCUUAUGAAAAGGGGAUUUAAAGUGAACUGUUUAGCCUAACAGGUUCUUAAAUUUUAGGUUAUUAUAUGCAGGUUUUACUGUAAUUUCUAGUCUGAGUAGCACUCACUUUUGUCUCCUUGUUUGCCUCUUGGGUACGCACAUCUUGCAUGCCUGUCUCACUUGGCUGAAAAGGAAACACAAAGAACUGCUAUAUAGGCUUUCACAUGAAAUGUCCUGAGGUAAUGUGUCAGAGUGGAUCUGAACCUAUGACAGUAAUACUUUCCUUUGUCCUUUUAAAGUUUGUUGCAGUCUCUGACCAAUCAACUCCUGGAAAAUUACGCUACUUGACGACUUGAGUGAUGUGGAAUAAUUUAAUAUUAUUAUGAUGAAGUUUAAACCAAUACAGAUGUACUUUAUAAGUGACCUAUUUCACUUCCAAUUUUGUCAUUGUCGCUAAAGCUUCAUAUUUAAAAAUCUGUACCUUUCCCCUCCCACUUAGAAAGGGCAGGGAAGGUAUACAUUUAGUUAGACAUUUGAACUGAAAAGAGUAAAGCAGUGCUGUGGUAGGCACUUUGCAGCAAGUCAUUCUUGUGUUAUGAAACCUCGUUACUGGAGAACGAGAGAUGCACUGGGAGAAGAAAAACAAAUAAAAUUACCUUUUUAAAUGAUGUAAGCUUUUUGUUUGUCUCAUCCCAUGGCAUCCCUUGCUCUCCAACAUGACAGUUUUGUACCACGUGAAUGACAAACUGCAAAGGGGUUUUUCCUACUGACCCCAGUAGUUCAAACCGGGAUAACCAGAUAAAUUACUAUCAAGUGGAGAAGUAUUAGGGAAACCAAUUGCUCUAUAUACUGGUUAAAAAUUUAUCCAAUGGAUAGCGUUAUCCGGCCUUUGAACAACUGGGGCCUGGAGGGUAACUCCAUAAGCCCUCAAGAAGCAACAGCAAUUUUUAUUUAUCUUGAAUGUUAACUUAAUCUUAAAGCUUUUAGUAAAUUUUUAUUCUUUUGCAAA